CGAAAGACCAAAGGGACAAACCUGUCCCCACUGAUCAUGCCUGUCUCUGUUCCAGUGACUCCUGACUCCAAACCUUCCACAGACCUGGGAGAAAAUUCACAGACCUGUAAAGGUCUCUAUAAGAGGUCUCGUCUGGACCCUUUAAACUGCCUGAUCAUCCCCAUUCCACCUCCACCUCGCCCAUCCUCCCCACAGUGGACCCAUGAUCAGGAAACCAAGGGUUGGCAGAGAUGCCUUGCCACAGGGGGUUACCCCAGCCAGCUGCGCUCACCCACCUAUCUGUCAGACCAAUCGCAGAGCUCUAUUUUUCAUCCGCCACCAUAUACCCCUCCACCCAUGCUGAGCCCUCUCCGUCCUGGGAAUGGACUCUACUUAAACACCCUGUCUCAGAAUCAACCAUACCCACCCCUAUCCAGCACCUACAAUGCCACCUGUGAUGGCAAAGAUCGGAUCUCUGUAACCAUUGACAACACAACUGUCAACAUAAAGCCGAGGAUUAACGUGGGUUCACGUUUUCAGGCAGAGAUCCCUGCAUUGCGUGACCUGAUGUACACAUUGUAUGAAGAACACCCUGCUCAGCUCGUCUGGUAUCCUUGGAAAGAUCUUUCUACCAACACAGAGACACAGAAAAGGGUUGCAGAGCUAUUAGACAUGUGCUGUUCCAGUGCACUACCAUGGGGAGGCACCAACAUAGAACUUGCUCUCCACUGCCUUCAUGAAGUGCAAGGAAACAUAAUGGCAGCACUGGAUUUAUUGUUAAUGAGGGGAGAUUAUCGAACCUUCUUGCACCCUCUGAGUGAUUACCACUACACAGGGUCAGACCACUGGACCCUUCACGAGAUAAGACUGUUCACGAAAGCUCUGACUGACCAUGACAAGGACUUCCAACAGAUUCAUAAUGUGUUGCAGACAAAAUCAGUUGCCCAGUGUGUGGAAUAUUACUAUAACAUGAAGAAGCAGAAAAAGUUCAAGCAACGUAGUCGAGCCGCAGAAAAAAAGAUGGAGGUGGAAAGAACUCUGUGUUCCAGAACUCCAGAGGAAACCAGUUUGAACAUACUGAAGGGAACACAAGACAGAGUAACUUCUGAAGUUGGGGUUUGCAGCAGGUUAUAGACACUACAUACUGGAAAUAAACUCUUGAAAUAAAUAUGUUGAAAUACUAUUAGCUACAAAUUGAAAUACAGAAGUGUGAAAUUUCUGCACCACUAGCAUCACACCAAAUGGAAAUGUAAACCCCUCCCAUC